AUGUCUCUGCGAAACACUUCUACACUAAUUUUCUUCGUGAUGAUGGUGCUUUCUGGUGUUUGUGUUGGUGAUGUUUAUAGAGUUGGCGAUUCUGAUGGGUGGACAUCUCGAGGUCUCGUCAAUUACAACAAGUGGGCUUCAACGAAAGAGUUUCAUGUCGGCGAUACUCUCAUAUUUGCUUACAAUAGUCAGUUCCACAACUUGAUGCAAGUUACCAAGCAAGAUUUUGAAUCUUGCAAUACUACCGCUACGAUUGCAGUUUAUACCUCUGGUUCUGAUACCAUCACCCUUAAAAGGCCCGACCACUAUUACUUCCUUUGUGGUGCUCCCGGCCAUUGUCAAGCGGGACAAAAGAUUGAUGUCAAGGUUACCCUACCGAUACCACAAAGUUCACUAGCAAGUCCAAAGCCGGCGCCUCAUGGAUCAUUGUCCUCAGACUCUCAUCCAAGCUCAACUCCAAGCAGUGCUCAGACAAUUUAUUUUUCGAAGCUUGGGUUGGCCGUUACCACUCUUGUGUUAUGUCUUUUGAGUGUUGUAUUUUAG